ACCACCACCGCCCCCAACAAGGUGGCUGCAUCUUCAAGGAUCCGUAAUUAAAUGGGCGUACUGCCACCGCCGGCGUCAUUUGUCCUGUGCUCGUGGCCGUCGCGACCUUGAGACUGACAGCCAGAGCGCGUCCCGCUCGGUGGCUGGUUUAAAAAGCCACCGGCCGGCAUGGGUGAGGCCACUGCCGUCUCGCACACCGACUCAGUUCGACUAUCAAGAGUCCCACAGGCUAUAGCACAAUGAACAGGCUGGUGGUAGCUCUCUUCGUCGCGGUCGCCGUGGUCGUUAUCGACCAGGCCCGCGCCGGCUACCUUCUCGGUGGCACUGGUGGCUACGGGGGCUUCGGCGGAUACGGCGGGUCUGGUGGCUACCGCGGCUACGGGGGUGGUGGCUACGGCAGCGGCGGCGGCGGCGGCGGCUAUGGUGGCGGUCUCGGCGGCUUCGGCGGUGGCUACAGGGGAGGCUACGGCGGCGGUGGCCUCGGCGGCUACGGCGGUGGCUACAGGGGAGGCUACGGUGGCUGGUGGCUUCGGAAGCGGAGGCUACGGCGGUGGUCUCGGAAGCGGAGGAUACGGUGGUGGUCUCGGAGGCUACGGCGGAGGUCUCGGAAGCGGAGGCUUUGGAGGUUACGGCAAGGGCUACAAGAGCUUCGGAAGCAGCUACUCCAGCGGCUAUGGAAGCAGCUACGGAGGCAGCUAUGGAAGUGGAGGCUACGGUGGCAGUGGAGGCUUCGGCCGCGGCUUCGGUGGUGGCAAGUACGGAGGAAGCGGAUGGUGGUGAAGCAAGUACACUGCUUGCGUGACAAUGGAAGAUUCCGAAGCGUCAAAGGAGUGAGCGACAUGAGUGAAUUGGACUGUGUGCCUGGUUGGACCAAUAAAUAUUACUGUUCCUACUAUAUGCGUUCGUCUGCCCCGUUGACUCUUCGUUGUGCGAUGUUCAGGAUGGUCCACUAUUGCAGGGAACACCUGAAUAGCAACCAAGUUUAA